AUGGCUUCAUGCAAUACGGACUUUGACCAUCGUGCCAGAACUGCCGAAGAUGUCAUGGUGACUGCUGGUGAGAAGCCACUGGAGCCGGACGUCGGAGAGGUCGAGCACGCCCGGCCACGGAAACGGACGUGGAGAGCGUGCGACAAGUGCUCUAUACAGCGCGCAAGAUGCGACGGCGCCCACCCCUGCCGCCGGUGUGAAGGUGAGUCCGUUCCCCAGGUCUUCCACCCAAAGGACGCAUACGCAGAAGGCUGGCUAAACAUCUCAGACUAUGGGUAUACGUGCUCCUAUGACAGGCCGGUCAAGAAACGUGGUCGCACGCGCAUGUCCACGCUGGCUGAGAUCAAUGUUGCCACAGCUGGAAGAGAGAGUCUGGAACAUGCAUCAACGCGCAUGCCGUCGGCUUCGACGAACUCUUCGCUUUCGUUCCUCGUUGAUGCGGUGAACGAUGGCAGCACCAACCCUCACCAAGCUGACUCUGCCGAAACCAGGAGUAGCAAAGAUCUUGGGGAAUCACAUGACUGUGGUGAUCUCGGUGAUGAUCGGUUGAGCAUCUCUUCAAGGCCAUCGCCCAGUUUUGUAGGGCGAUCUUCGGUGAGCACCGUAGGGGUGCCCUGUCGAUAUCGUGUGCUUGGUCCAGUACUCCCCUAUCUCGACGAUAUCAUCUCGGUCCCAACUGCGUGUGACCUUUUCGACGUAUUCCUUACAGAUCCGGGAAGCUCCUUGUUUCGCUAUGCUCCUCCGUAUAUACUCACCCGCAUUUUCCGUAGGAAGUCGCUUCUAGAUCCCACAAACCCUCGCCCAGUCUCUGCAGCAUUGCUUGCCACAAUCCUGUGGUGUUGCGCCCAAGCGGCGGAGGUACCAUCAUUGCUCUUACCGGGAGCGAGGAGGCGAACCACAAAGGCUCUGUAUGACUUAGCUGUCGCCUUGAUAAACGAGAGAACAGAAAACCAUUAUUGGAUGCGCGAUGCUCAAACGGCGUCGGAACUGGCUGCGGUGAACACUGGGGAGAAAGGGCCACGAGCCUCCUUACCUGCAGAAGGACACGACGAUGACAUUGAGAGCCUACUCGGCGCCGUAGAUGAUGUCUUAACCUUCACGCUUCUCUGUGUCGCAGUUUCUGGAGGUGAAUUCAAAGCCGACUGCCAGGAGUGGUGGCAUCGGGCCACUCGAACUUCGAGAUCACUCGGCUUGCAUCGCGAGGAUGAGCCCUGCGCACUGCUUGGAGCAGUCUGCUUGAAGCCUCUUUGUUCUUGUCGGAUGCAGUCCCGAACACCAACGUUGGCUUUCCUCGAAGCUAAGGAGGAAAGGAGGAGAGCAUUCUGGUUACUAUAUUGCUUAGAUCGGCACCUAGGCCUUUCAUUCAACCGGACCCUUCAUAUUCCGGACUCAUAUGUAGAGGUCUACGCUCCUCUGCCGGAAGCCAUGUGGGAAGAGCUGGACGAACUGCCCGACAUCGCCCAUUUCACACGCAUCCUUGGCCCUCCAACAAGUAUUUCCGGUACGAGCUUCUUUGAAUACUUCUUACCACUUAUGGUGAUCCUGGGCGACAUCAUUGAACUGCACCACGGGCGGCAACACCCUCGAUUUUGCAGCUUCGCCACACCCGAUGCCGCUGCCCUCAUCGAGCAAGAAAUACAAAACUGCGAAGCUAGUCUAGGACUCCUCGAGUCUGAAGCCCACAUGCAUAGUCGCGAUAACCGCCAUCGUACCAACGAAGUCCACUUGGUCAUGGCAUACGCCACACACAUUAUACGAGUGCUUCAAGUCCUACUUUACAGCAAAUGGGACCCUAUCAGCAUGCUGGACAAUGACGAUGGCUGGAUUUCUACUGAGGACUUCUCCAGGUGCGCAUCCUACGCCAUCGCCGCGUCGGAGGCAGUGUCACGGAUCCUCGAACUGGACCCAGAACUGGCGUUCAUGCCCUACUUGUUCGGGAUAUACCUACUUCAGGGCAGCUUCAUCCUCCUCCUGUUUGCCGACCGCAUGCCGCAGCUUGGCCUGAACCAGAGCGUGGCCCAGGCGUGCGAGACCGUCAUUCGGGCCCAUGAAGUGUGUAUUGUGACGCUGAGCACCGAGUUCCAGAGGAGUUUCCGCCGAGUUGUGAGGUCUACAUUGUACAGUGUUCGGGGGAUCAGCGGGGAGGAAUUAGAGGAGUACAAAUUGAUGAGACGGCGGGUCCUCUCCCUGUAUCGUUGGACCAAAGGCGCCAGGGGUUUGGGAAUAUGA